UAUAGUGCAGGGUGUCCCAGGAAGCAUAACAGUUGGCCUAAACACCUUAGAAGAACCAUGUUGGCUCAUUUCACUGUUUUCGGGGCCCUUCUUCAUUCCUCUCUUUCUAUAUUCAUUAUUCCACAGGUUCCAACUGUUCUGUUUACUCAGUCCUACCCUCUACCCCAGGUCUACCUAGAUACAGGAUCCGUCCUAGCUCCCAACUCAGGACCAGUAGCUACUCCUGUCAGAUCCGAAGAACCAAAGGAACCUAAGGAUGAUCUUCUUCCUGAAAAGUUUACCGGUCGUCUUGCUUCCAGAACAUUAGACCUUUGCUACUUCCUGGGAAAUGAUAUUCAGUCCAGUCAUGUAGCUUGUAAUAAGAAUUGGGCUGAUGGAUCUGCUGAAGGGGUGAGAAAGUACGUGAAUGAAAUGACAUUUGAAACAAAUAGAAUGAUUGGAGAAAGCAACCUCAAGCUUGUCUGGAAGGGACCCUUUUCAAGACAUGAUGCAACCCAGAGGUAUCCCACGAACCCUGCCGCGGAUGUUUUAUCUGUCGCUAAUUCUGGUUGUGAUGCAGUCGUCUUCCUUGUCUUCAACACAUUCUCCAAGGAUUGCAAAACAGCUGUUUAUGGUCACACAUAUGGCGGAUUCAGUCAGGGUGGUAUGUGCGAGGCUAAUAUUGGAAAAGGAUAUACCAUAGUUGUAGAUCAAGGUUUUAUGAACGAUGUUUGGACUGGACCUCAGAUACUUGCACAUCAUCUACUCAAGAUGCUGGUUGAUGAUAUAAAAGGAGAAAAAACUUGUCCUAAUCAG